AUGUCUGAAGCAGGUGUCCCGAAGAAAAGAAAUAGAAACAGAUUGAAAGAAUUUUACGGAACUAAAAAAGAAGACAAUGUGGAUAAGACGACAGAUAUUAACAGUGACCAGUUCCACUCUGAUGUGUACAUGAAAGAUUUGUUGGGUAAGAAGCGUCUACACGAGCUCCUGGGAUCCCAAACUACCCUACUGAAGGAGAUACGGACUCUGGAUAGUGAGAUGCAGACGUUGGUAUAUGAGAACUACAACAAGUUUAUAAGUGCUACAGAUACAAUACGACGGAUGAAAGACGACUUCAAGCACAUGGAGGAACAAAUGGAGGCUGUGAUGGGUAACAUGGACUCUAUCUCCACCUUCAGUAACGCUAUCAGUGUAAACCUGAGUGAUAGUCGUCAGAAGAUAACCAAGUUGUCCUCCGUACACAAUCUACUGACCAAGUUACAGACCCUGUUUGAGUUACCAACCUUGCUGAGGAAGGCUAUCCAGAUGGAGGCUUAUCCUCAGGCAGUGAAAUACUAUUCCCAAGCAGCAGCCAUCCUCUCCCAAUACGAACACGUCAACUCAUUCGACGGCAUUAGAGAUGACUGUGAGAACACUGUGAAGCUCCUCAUAGACGCUCUCAGAGACACACUCGGCAACCCGGAAAUUACUGCUGCGCAGGUGGUAGAAACAACAGACAUGUUGAUUGAACUAAAAGUACCAGCCGGAGAAGUUAUAAAGCUCUAUCUCGACACUGCUCAUAUCACAUUACAAGCUGAUAUCGAUGCUGUCGGAUCUCCCCCUGAGAAGCAGGAUAUCCUCGAGUUCCUGGACACGACUGGGUACGCCUUCCUCGGCUCCGUGUCCCUGACCAUCUCUACCUACAAGUCAGCCUUCUCCGAGAACACUAACCUGACUCUACCGGGUACUGAGUUGGAGGAGACGCUGUCUGAGUUCGCUUACCAGCACUUCUCCGCUUACUUCGAGCACAUGCAGUCCAGGUUCACAAUAGAGACACAAGGCCCGGAUAACGCUCUGUUAGUACGGGGUCUGGACAGGUUUUACAGGAGACUCCAGCCCGUCCACACUCUCCUUCCCUCUGCCUCUCUGGAUAGGAUCGCCGGGGAGAUCGUUACCAAUACUAUUAGAUGUCGCAUCCAAUACUUCUCGGAGACACUGCACAGCCACUACAGUGAGACAGUAUCCGACGUGAAGCAGUCCCUGCUAGUCUCCCAACCUCCUCAGUUUGAAGGACAGAACACACUGGCAGACAUCAUGUCCACCAUGAAGGCGAGCCUGGUCGGGAAGCUGAAACUUGUUCUGGUCAAUGUCAAGGAGUUUAUCAGCGCAGAUAUUACCUUUGCUAACAAGCCGUAUUUCAGAGGACCGUUCUGUGUACAUGAUAUAAAGCAAGGGCUGGUGUUGAAGUACAUAGAGCACAUCCUACAACACGUCUCCACCCUUGGAGACAACCUUCCCCCCUCUCUCCUUCUUGUUAUGGCUCGACUUUGUCUCGACUUUGAGACUAACACCAUCAGUUAUCUGUGCAACCUGACGGAGGAGAUGUUCCCUCCUGACCAGUCAGCAGUCCCGGAACAACUCUCCCCAACAGUAACCGAGCUAACCUCACUUGCGCAUGACACUGUGCAGCAGGUACUAACGAGGUAUGUGAACGUGAAGGGCUUAUCAAUAAGUCAGAUGAUACACACCAGUGUUAAGACACGUGAUUGGUUGAGCGCUGUAGAGCCUAGAAACGUGCGAGCUGCGAUGAAGCGAGUAGUAGAAGAGAUAACAGAACUUGACACCCAGAUAGGGUCCCUAUUUGAAGAAGGAGCAGUACGGGGUCCCAACUCAGACAGCAGCCGUAGAGCCCUGUCUCAUAACGGCUCUAGAAUAGCGUCCUCAAAGUACAAGUACACUCCUAGCGACACUGAGAGCAGCUUGCUUAACAAGUUGUUCAAUGACCAAGUGGAGAUAUUUGGAAGUAUCCAGUUCACCAAGCUCUCAAUUUUAACGGGCAUCAUUAAAAUCGGACUAAAAGCUUUUCUAGAGAGUGUUCGUUUACGGACCUUCGGAAAGUUCGGUCUACAGCAAGUCCAGGUGGAUGUUUAUUAUUUGCGAGAGUACCUGUGGAGAUUUGUGGAGGAGGAACGUCUUCUUAACUUCUUACUCGAGGAGGUAAUCAGCAGUGCAGUUGACCGGUGUAUUGACCCUGUCACAAUGGAACCAUCUGUCAUCAUGCUGCUGUGUGAACCAAGUUAGAAAUCACAUCUGUCAUCUAUAAGGAGUCUAGAAUUUCGUUUAUUUUGAUUUUUGAUUUAAUUGAGAUAAAAUCCGAGGCUGUUAGAAUGGAUGGGUUUUAAGGUACAUAUUUGACUAUUAGAUACAACAUUUAAACUAAUUGUGUUGUUUUAAAGUAAAAUAUAAGUUUGUUCGCUUUACAGUUGAAAGAUUGUAAAAUAUUGAAUGUUUGCAUUUUGAAAAUAUAAUGUUAGCGCUGGCCGUUAAGUUUGUUUGGAAUAAUAACUUUAUGUUACCCUGCUAAAUCUGUUAAUAUGUAUGUACUUACAUUCAGUUAUGUGGAUAAUUUA